AUGGAUAGAAAAUCUGCUAGAAUAAAAGCAGAGUUGCAAAGAUAUGGUUGGAGAGUUUCGAAGAAUUUUAAAUAUAGGAAGGGAAGACCCAUAAAAGUCUAUGACAAAUUGUCUGGUCUUCGCUACGAAAUGGAUUUGGAAACAGCACGUGCCAAUUAUCCAAACAGACUAGAGAGGUUAGAAGAAGAACGUCUUAUGGACAUGCCUUUCGAUGUUAGUGAACCUCAAGUUGAAGGACACGACGGCUUUGCCAGAUUCUACUGGAAACAUGACGAACAAUUGCAUCCUUUGAGAAGGAAAAAAGGAAAAGGUGAAGACGCACAUGCUCCCAUGGAAAGAACAAGAUAUGCAUAUGAAAAGUAUCGUGAAGUUAGAAGUCAAAUUACAUCUGGUCGAACCUUUACAGUAAACUUUGACGAAGGAAAGAACAAAGAAGGCUUCAUGGGAGUACUUGCUGCCAUACAAGACGGAAAUAAGAAAGGACACAAUCUCAGAAAUAAAAAAUAUAUUUAG